AUGAGGGACUCAGCAGGCUUCCUCCUUUGCUCACUGCUGCUGGUGGCCCCCUGUUGCACAGAGGUGGCCGCCCAAGAUCCCCAGCCCGACCCCAAAACACCAUGCGCCAACUGGAUGGGAGGAGCACCCGGCUACCCCGGCCACAACGGGCUCCCUGGCAGGGACGGGAAAGAUGGAAAAGAUGGACUAAAGGGAGAGAAAGGAGAGCAAGGUUUGCAAGGCUCCAAAGGUGACCAAGGCGAAACGGGAACCCCAGGGCCAGAGGGGCCAAGAGGAUUUCCAGGAUACCCAGGGCUGAAGGGAGACAAGGGCGAAGGGGCCUACGUUUACCGCUCCGCGUUCAGCGUGGGGCUGACGGAGCGAGCCCCCCACCCCAACGUCCCGAUCCGCUUCAGCAAGAUCUUCUACAACGAGCAGAACCACUACGACACCAGCACCGGCAAGUUCCUCUGCAGCAUCCCUGGCACGUACUACUUCGCCUACCACCUGACGGUGUACAUGUCGGACGUCAAGGUCAGCCUCUACAAGAAGGACAAGGCGGUCAUCUUCACCUACGACCAGUUCCAGACCAAUAACGUCGACCAAGCGAGUGGCUCGGUCUUGCUCCACCUCAGCUCAGGGGAUGAGGUCUGGCUCCAGGUCUAUGGGGAGGGGGACAACAACGGUGUCUAUGCUGACAACAUCAACGAUUCCACUUUCAUGGGCUUCCUCCUGUACCCAGACUUGGAUUUCCAUUAG